GUCUUGUCUAUUUGUUCGGUUAAUUCUCAUUAUCUAAUUGUUUUAAUGCAAAAAAUGAAAAAAAAAAAACUUUAUAAGGUAUGAUGUUUAAAUAUAAAAAGCAUAAUUCGUUAUUGUAACAUUUUACCUAAAAUGAAUAGAAUAGAAAGACAAACUUGGCAGUAUAAGUUUCGCAACAUUUGACCAUAACGGCUAGAAAAAUGAAUGAAAAACAGAGGGAAAAAUUUAAACUCUAAAAAGUUCAUGUGAUUUUAUGGGAUUACUUUAAAGUAAGCAUUCGAGGUGGUAUGACAAUUUUACCACCGAACAAAAUACCACGAUAUAAUUUUAAUGCAGAAGAACGCACUCAAAUUUCAAAACGAAACCAAAUGGGACCACCGGAAGGUUUACCGCGAGGUUUAAGACGAAGGUUAACAUACAAUUCAAGUUCUGCAAGACCGGAUUCUUCUUCAAGUAGUCAAGCCCGUGUUAGGGUACUAGCUAGUGAUUCCGGGGCUGCGGAUACUUCCCUAGACUUUGUAACACCGAAGGGUAGACCUGCGGCUAUCAGAUACAUUAGCAGUAGUAGUAAAGGUGGAUUCAGCGGUAAUAAAUCUGCACGCUCAACAUCCGCUUCUGUGGUAGAAGCAGCUGUUAUAUUAGCAAUAUCCGAAGGCAGAGGUAUGGCUCGUGGGGAAAUAGGCAUGGCGGCCGUGGACCUCAAACACCCACACCUCGUGCUAUGCCAGUUCAGCGACACCCUGUUAUAUACACACACUCUAACUAAGAUAAAUUACUUCAAUCCUGUAGAGAUUAUAGUCCCGCAUACCUUCUGUGAAGGUACACAACCGAGUCAGCUGUACAAACUAAUCAAAGACCACUAUCCACUGGUCAACUUGACCACGGUCCAAAGGAGGCACUUCAAUGAUGCCGCCGGUCGCCAACAGAUACAGUCCCUCUGCGCUCCACAGUACAGUGCGGUCUGCUUGCAAGUGGUUCAAAAGUUCUAUGCUGUAACAUCAGCUGCUGCGGUAUUGAAGUACGUCGAAUACAUUCAAUGUAUAGUGUUCGCUAGAGAAUCAUUGAAGAUCGAAUACCAUUCUUCAGAGGAUACCAUGAUCAUCGGUAAUCUUAAUUAG